AUGACCAUCAUCGCCAUAACAAACGUCGACCUGUUCGAUGGCCAUGGAAUCAGGCACGUCCUCAGCCAGUGCUUCGAGGGGAGUCCCGGAAACGUCAUCCAGCCUCAGUCGUUGCCCGACGUGAGCGUUGAUGGCACCGGCUGCACGCUGAUUCCCGGCCUCAUCGACUGCAAGGUCGACGCCAACGCGUCCCCCACGGCUCUCUCGUCCUUUGCCGCGUACGGCGUCACCACGGUCAUCGACUUGGUCAGUUCGAGCGCCGAGAACCAGGCGAUGCGCAGGGAGUCCCGCAGCCCGAAGAUGCCCAGCUACCUCGGGUCUGGGUGCGUGCUCGGCUCCGAGGCGACCGCCUCGCGCGGGUUGUUUCCGUUUCGCGCCGUGCGGGUCGUGAAGACGCCCUCAGAGGCGAGGCGUCUGGUGGAGGAGCUCGUGGAGGACCCGAUACGCGCCGACUACAUCAACAUCAUUGCGGACCAGCCAGGUCUGGACCCCGAGACGUUGGCGGCCGCCGUAGCCGCAGCUCACGCACGGGGGAAGCUGGCCAUCGCCCACGCAUCGCAGUCCCAUGCCUACGACGCGGCGCUGCUCGCUGGCUUCGACAUCGUCACGGCCGUCCCGGUCGACGGGCCCCUAGAUGCGUCCACCGUGCAGGGCUUUGCCGAACAGGGCAUCGCCGUCGUGCCCACACUAUGCUCGGUCCAGCAGGCAUCGCAGGGUGAGGCGACGCCCGGGUGCGACUUCGGGUUCGCCAUCGCGGCGGUGAGGCAGCUCUAUUGCGCCGGCGUGCGCAUCUGCGCCGGGACAACGGCUUACCAGCGCCGAAACACCACCAUCCCGUUCGGCACGAGCCUUCACGACGAACUGGAGUUGCUCUCGAAAGCGGGGCUGUCGAACCUUGACGUCCUUCGCGCGGCCACCUGCGUCCCCGCGAGCGUCUUCCGGCUGCACGAUAGGGGGACCAUCGAGGCGGGCAAAAGGGCGGAUCUCGUGCUCGUCCACGGCACUCCCCUGACCGACCUGACGGCGACGAGGAGGAUUCGGCAGGCCUGGAUUGAGGGAGUGGGCGUCGAGGUGGAGAUGGAGUUGGCGGUCAAGGCGGAGGUGGAGGGCAAGGCCUGA